UUUGGCAAAAACACAAAAAGCAAUCAAUAAAUUCUGUUGAACGCUGUUUUCCCAGCGUGUUUUCAAUUUUGUUGUUGUUGUGAUCGUUGUGAUAUUGUUUGGGUUUGAGAGCUGAUAAUCACACACGAUAGAUAGAUAAUAAAAGCCGUAUAAAUGAUGAAACUAGUGGACCAAGUUGUUAGAAGUUUUAAGGUCGCUAAAGUUUUUCGAGAAAACACCGACAAAAUAAAUAGCAUAGAUUUCUCACCUUCUGGCGAGACACUCAUAUCUUGCAGUGAAGAUGAUCAAAUUGUAAUUUAUGAUUGUGAAAAAGGUACACAAAUGAUUACUGUAAACAGUAAAAAGUAUGGUGUUGAUCUGAUACAUUUUACACAUGCAAAAAACACAGCCAUUCACAGCUCUACGAAAGUUGAUGAUACUAUACGAUAUUUGUCCUUGCAUGAUAACAAAUAUAUAAGAUAUUUUCCUGGACACACUAAGAAAGUAGUUACAUUGUGCUUAUCACCCGUGGAGGAUACAUUUUUAUCAGGAUCACUUGACAAAACUCUCAGACUGUGGGAUUUGCGCUCACCUAACUGUCAAGGCUUGAUGCAUUUGUCCGGAAGGCCAGUGGCAGCUUACGAUCCUGAAGGUCUCAUUUUUGCAGCUGGUGUAAAUUCAGAGAGUAUUAAGCUGUAUGACUUGAGAUCAUUUGAUAAAGGUCCUUUUGUAACAUUUAAACUUAAUCAAGAAAAGGAAUGUGAUUGGACCGGUCUAAAGUUUUCUCGUGAUGGUAAAACUAUGUUAAUAAGUACAAAUGGAUCUAUAAUUCGACUUGUAGAUGCCUAUCAUGGCACACCACUUCAAACUUUCACUGGACACCUCAAUAAUAAAGGAAUUCCUAUUGAAGCAUCAUUUAGCCCUGAUUCACAAUACAUAUUUAGUGGCUCUACAGAUGGAAGAGUACAUGUAUGGAAUGCAGAUACUGGAUACAAAGUUUGUGUCCUCAAUGGGGAUCAUCCAGCGCCUAUUCAGUGUGUGCAGUUUAAUCCUAAGUAUAUGUUGCUAGCCUCUGCAUGUACUAAUAUGGCAUUUUGGCUACCAACAAUAGAUGAUGUUUAAGUAUUGUAUUUAGAGGUAUAAUAUAACUUUUAAGUCUUA